UUCUUCCCCCCCACGCGUCAGUCUUUGUCUCCGAGGAAAGGCCCUUUGGCAUCGCAUUUCAAGCAUAUACCAGUGACCGAUUACUUAUCUUGCACCAUUCGUCCUGUUUCUAGUGACUCGGAUUUAUCCCAAUCUAGCAAAACAACAACAUUACUCCCCUCAUCUUCGUCUGGCAGAAUCCCCGAGUCCCGACCCCCCGACCUUGCGCCCUUUGGUUUUCUGCCCGUCCUUUAUAAACAAUCCUAUCCACUUGUCUUACGAUUGCAUUCGGAGGGCACGGUCGACCGGUAUACUCGAUUACUAUCAGCACCGCACUGGUCGUGGACGGUUCCUUCUUCCCGUCCAGAUCCAACUCUCAGGCAAGAAGGCUAGAUCGGAGCCUUGGAUGAUGAGGUCAUUGGUAUAGAGCUACUCAAUCUGUGCGAAUAGAUCACCCCCGCUGUCGACCCCAGAGACACGAUGACCAGCGAAGGCGACCUGUCCGAGGCCGGCAUGACCGACCUGAUUCGUGCGCUAGAACUCAUCCACAACCCGUCCUCCACGAAUGAGCUCCGUCGGGAAGCCUUGAAGUUUGUCGAGGCGCAGAAGGAAAGCGAGUCGGCACCGCGAAAUGGAUUCCUGCUGGCGUCCCGCCGCGAAAACAACCCUCUGGUCCGCUACUUUGGCCUGACGCUCCUCGAUCAUGUCCUGCGCCACACCACCUUCACCUCGACCGAGCAGGUCACUAACCUCCGAGAUUUGGUCCUCAAGCUGGCCGAGUCUGUCCGCCCGGAAGACCCUGGGUACCUCCGCAAUAAAGUUCCCCAGCUCUGGGCCGAGAUCGCAAAGAGGAGUUGGGGCUUGGACUGGAUUCGGAUGGAUGACACCCUGGUUCAGUUUUGGGGAGCGAGCCUGGUACACAAGGAGCUCGUCCUGUCGAUCUUGGAGACCUUGUCCGAGGAUAUCUUCUACCGGGAGGACACAGUCUCAUCCCUCCGAGGGACCGACCUGAAUCGAGCCAUGGUGGAAAUCUGCACGCCACUGUCUGUUUUCGAGGAGAUCUACCCCAAGCGCGAUCACCAUGUCGAGCUACGAUGUGGCCCCGAGGGGUGGUUGUCGCGCACGUGCCAGUUCCUCGAGGACUGCAUCGGAAGUCUGCAGGGCUCGAAGGAGGCACAGAAUGCGGCUCUGAAAGCCCUUGCGACCCUGAAAUCGGUUUUGGUGUGGUCGAUUCCCAAGGCGAUCAUCUCGUCGAACUGCGUCCCCACCAUUGUCCGGGCGUUUACUUGCCAAGAUGAGCAAGUUCUGCUGGCCGCCGUCGAAGCCCUACACUCCCUAUACAGUAGAUCCAACUACGACAUGGAGGGCUUCCAGCCCCUUGUUCAUUUGAUGUAUCAGCCAGAGCUCUUGAAUCUGAUGCAGAGUCUGUAUGAGUGGUCCAUCGUGGGGCCGGAUGACAUCGACGACACCAAGUACACGAUAUCCAAGAAGCUGUCUGAGAUGCUCUCCUACGUCGCAGGCUUCCUGGAAGAGAAGAGCUUCGCCAUUGACCCGAACAUGAACCUACACAUCUUCUUUCAACUUCUCAUUCGGGUGGUCCAGCAUCAGAGUCUGACGGUGUCCAUUCCAGUUCUCCAUGUGUGGAGCAAACUCUUGGCUUCUGAGAGGGUCGGGAAUACGGACUUGGUGAAUGGGCUGACCCCCCCGCUGCUGGGCAUCUGUACCGAGCGUCUCAUCCGCUGGGAGUCCUUGCCCUCGGAUUCGGAUAAUCCAACCGUGGCAUUUCUCUUCGAGGACAUUGACACCGUGCCCGAGCGGCACGCGUUUGUAGGAAAUUAUCGGCGCUAUUGCUCAUCUAUUAUCGAAACCAUUGUUCUCAAGAGACCGCAAGAAGCCAUUUCGCACAUCUUGUCCACCAUUGAUGGUAACUUAGACAACCUCUAUAAUGGAGUAGAUCCGUUCGAUGUCAAAUCCUUCUCGAAGAGCUCGAUCGCUCUCAUGCGCGCUGAUACGCAGUUUGCCGUCGUGGAAGCUACACUCAAGGGCUAUAAUAAAUGGGUUCACGCACACGGCAAGAUGCCGCAGCAAGACGAGCAAAAGCGAGCCGAACUGGAAAGCGUACUGGAAGGAUGGGCUUCCAAGUUGAUGCAGAGGAGCUUUGAGGACCCGGUGUUGAAACAACGAGUGAUCAAGCUGAUCGUCGAUAUUUCGUCCAAGGCUCUUAACCAGACCCCCAGCUUUGCGCUCAAAGUACUUGAAUACAUCCUUAUGACGCGGCUUCCUGACCAGCCGGAGUUUCCUGCUUACUCGGAGGCCGUGAAAGAGCUUCAUGGAUUGGCGAGCCACGAGCUCCGUCGUUUAGCCAUGCGCUACGCUGAUUAUUUCGCUACGUUUUACGACGUUCUCGAGCCAAAGAUCAAGGAGAUCACACUGGCCAACCGGGUAGAUGACAGGCUGCACAUGGAACUGACAUCGAUUCUCCUCAUCAUAAUGCAACGCGCGAGCAAUGUAGAACCCUAUUUACGUCAAUCUCGAUUGACGUCGUUCGUGGAGCCAAUCCUACAGGCUUGGCAAGAGGAAGAAUUUCGCAGCGUUAGCUCAUCUUUCGAGGGUUUCUGUACCAUGCUGGGGCUGCAAAGCGUCGGUCCCUACAUGCAGUCAAAGCAAGCGCACCUGGUAGAGGACUGGACAACUGUUACCCUAGACGGCGAAGGAAAGCAGAUCCAGGAGGAAAUGACCCGAAAGUUCCAGCAAAUGCCCCUACGAGGCACGAAAACGAUGUUGGCGGUGUCUACCGAGAAGUUGAAACGGACAGAACCGGCGUACGAGCUCGCAUGCAACAUUUGGCACGAUAUCAUCCCGGUGAUCCUUCCAACGCUGUUGCAGCUUGUCAGCAAUGCUCAUGCUUUCCAUAAUCCUGCCAACUGGGCUGGCAUGUCCGAGGAAAUGAAGGUGGUUGUUGGGCGUAUCUUGACCGAUCGAUUCUGGCAAGCGGGGAUCUCUUCCGGUAGCCGGGAUGAGUUCUAUGCGCGGAUCACGUCGUCGCGGGUUUCACUGGAAGGGUUUGCAUCUUCCGUUCGAGGCAAAAUCAGGGCUGUCCGAGAGUCCUGCUACUCGAUGCUCUUCAGCAUGAGCCAACUGCGGGAGCAUUUCUAUGGGUUCGCAGAGCUUCCUGGGCCGCUUUCUCAAGCCCUGUUUAAAGACUCGCCCCACCUCUCGUCUCACCAGUUCUCUGUCCUACUCAAUAUUUCACGGUGCUUGAUCGAUGACUGCCCUGUCCGUUUCCGUGCCCAAUUCUUGCCGCCGAUGUUGGCCACCUUGUUCACCAAUAUCGACCGGAAGGUCACAUCGGAAUGGGACCAGAUUGAACGGCAAAAGGAAGGGAUGGCGGAGAGCGAUCUGGCGGACGAGAUGAAGUCCGAAAGUAUUCUGCGGCAGUUGACUUACUCUGCGGUGAUCAUGGUCGCGAACCUCUUGGAUCCGCAGCGAGCAAACCCCGAUGAAGAACCAGCGGACCCAAGCGCAACGCCAGCGCCACCGGCUGCGGCCGAUUCGCUUCGGAACUUCGUCCUCUCCUCCCCCGAAAUCUUUGAACCGGUUAUGCUUUUCUGCACCCACGCCCUUCGCAUGCGAGAUACCCGAUGCUGCAGCAUCAUCACGCGCGUCAUCCGAUCGAUCCUGCAAGACUUUGCCCCUCCCAACAACACGCCCACCACGGUCACGAUCCGCGAGUUCAUCAGCUCCGAAGUGCUCAAAGCCUGCAUCACCUCUGUCCACGAGCCGUAUUUCGUCGACAUGCAGAAAGACCUCGCCCAGCUGAUCGCCUCCAUCUGGGUUCUCUACGGGUCAUGCAGCUCGAUGCCCCGCUCCGUGAUCCUCAGCCUUCCAGGGAUGGACGAACAACGAGUCAUCAACACCGAAGCCGCUCUCGUCCGGUCCGCCGCCGCCCGGCAGCAACGAGCCCUAGUCCUGGACCUCCUCGAAGCCCUACGCGGCGUCAGCAUCGCCGAGCAAGGCAAGAUCCUCGGCUCCCGGGAGGAACGGCGCAAAGCACGCAGUGCGCUGCAGGAGCGGUACAUGAGCAGCGAAAUGGAAGGCCAGCAGGCCAACAAGGUCGACAUCAACGACGGGCCUGACCUGGCCGGCGUUGCGGAUAUGUUUGGUUAGUGAGUGGCGUGUUUCUCUCCUGCUAGCAACCCUCUCUUUCUUUCUUUUUUGUUCUACAGUCUGCUGUACAGUAUGGUGCCGACCUACGGGCCUGUCCCACGUAGCAGUUGUUCUGGUUUUGGUACGUUCGAUAUACCGGUAUAAAGAAAUAUAGACCCAAUACAAUACAUUUAGC